AUGGCGUUGAUGAUGUUCUUUUUUAUGAUUCCCGUAGGCAGCGGUCUCGGCUUUUUGUGUGGUUCUCGAAUGGGUUCAGCCCUUGGCCAUUGGCAGUGGGGUGUUCGAUUCACGGCGAUGAUUGGCGUUAUUAUCGAUCUGCUGGUGAUUGUCCUGCUCCGAGAGCCCCGCCGCCAAGAAGAUGAACCCACGAGGCCGGAACGCUCGUUUUGGCGGGACUGCAUGCAGAUUAUCAAGAUCCCGACGUACAUUCUGUCGACGCUGGGGCUGACGUGCGUCAUGUUCCUCACCGGAUCUCUCGAGUGGUGGGCGCCGACGUUGAUCGAGCACGGGAAGGCGGCCAAGUUGGGGCUGGGCGAUAGCGAUGAAUUGACGGAUGAUCAGAAGAAUAAACUACAAACCGAGUCGGCGGAUGCGUGGGUGUGCACUGUCGGGGCGCUGAUUUGCAUCCCGGCCAUGGGCGUCGGGUUCCCGAUGGCAAAGGAUCAUCUUACGGUCGCAUAUGCCCUAUUCUUCGUGGGGAUCACGGCUGCGUGCUGCAAUCUUGCCGUGGUCGUCGAUUUGCAGCUGUCGGUGAUCGUGCCCAGCCGGCGGAACACGGCCAACUCGUGGCAGGCGUUGAUCUCGGCCAUUCUGGGAGAUGCGACAGGGCCCUAUAUCGUGGGGGCGGUGAGU